UCUGUUACCCAUGGCUUCUUCGCUGUUACGUUUUUUGUACCUAUGUGUUUCCUUCCCACUUCUGUGAUGCCCUUUUUUGGAGUAGUCCAUUCCUUUUCAACUGAAGUGCCUACUGAGCUAUUCAUUAUCACACUAUCUAUAGCCUCAGAGAAAUUCAACCAUAUCUCUGCAUUUCUUAGUACUUCCGUAUCCCACUACUUUGUGCCUGGAUUCUUCUUGACUAGUUACUUAAAUUUGAUACUCAUUUUCACCAUUACCAAAUUGUGAGCUGAAUCUAUAUCUGCCUCUCAGUUCAGCUUAGGCUGGGUUUACACUAGCAACAUAUUGCAGCAAUUUACUUGUGCGGAGGAACUUGCCGCGCGAGUUGCGAGUGUAAACUUAUCGCCAAGUCGACUUGCGACCGUAGCAAUUUAUUGUGGAAGUUGCUUGCUGCACAUUUUCCGCUUCCAGUGUAAACACCACGCAAGAGCUAUCUGCAAGUGACUUGCAGCUUUUAGGAUUUAUUUCUAUUUCCUGCAAGUAGGAAGCGCAAGUUAUAGUAAGUAUGUCGUCUGCAUAACACUCAUAUUUAACAGUUUACUUAAUGUGCUGACUUAAUUUUAUGCAGCUAUCUCACGUAUUAUAUGCCAACAAAUUUCAGAAAUGGAGGAGAAACGAGAAUGGACGAAGCAGGACACAGAAAAUUUUAUUGAAGCUGUGGAGAGCUACCCCGAAAUUUGGGACGUACAUAACCAGGACUUUAAGGAUAGAAUGAAGAAGAUGUGUGCAUUGAACGAAAUCUCGUCAAUAUUCAACACGCCAGUGAAAGAGGUACAAAGAAAGUGGCAUAACUUAAAGACCCAAUUUUCUCAAGAAGUUAGGAAACUGCAGAAAAUAAAAAGCGGCUCUCCUGGCAUAGUUUCGGAUUCUCGGUGGCCGUAUUUUUCAGCAAUGAAAUUUCUAGAGAGUAGUGUUGCCACAACCUCUAACAGAAUAUCUUUGCUAUCAACAAAGGAAGAAGAAAUAGUUACAGGAGAUGAUGUGCCUGUUGCUAAUGAGGGGAAGAAACAAAAAAGAAAGGAGACUAAAGGAAGUGGUAAUGGGCUCAUUGAAAAGGCAGAAAAAAUUCUGGGCCAGGAAAUUGAUGCUUUCCAAACCUUUGGAGAUUAUAUGGCUAGUGAGCUGUGGUCACUAAAGAAUGAAAAAAAAUGUAAACAAACUGAAAAUAAUGAUUCUGAAAACCAUCAUUGA